GUGGCCACUCUCUAGUUUGACUUAUUCUAAGUACAAACAUUUAAUUUAUUUACAGACUGCUGAAGUGUCGAAAGUUGAUUUUAUUUUUCGAUGGCUGGCGAAGUGGUCGUCGAUGCUUUGCCAUAUAUCGAUCAAGGAUAUGAUGAACCUGGUGUGCGAGAAGCGGCCUUGGCUAUGGUCGAAGAAGAGACUCGUCGUUACAGGCCAACCAAAAAUUAUCUGGAGCAUCUAAACCCUAUGAGUAUAACAUUCGAAACGGCGGUAUUAAAGCACGAAUUCGAAAGGAUGCACAGCCGCCUGCCAAUGGAGGUACUUAGUAUGAAACGUUAUGAGCUUCCACCGCCACCGUCUGGCAAAAUGAAUGAUUUGGCUGCAUGGAACGAAAGUGUAGAGAAUAGUAGCGCUCAGUUGGAACAUCAAGCUACCAGAAUCUGUAAUCUUGAGUUAAUGAUGGAAUAUGGAUGUGAAGCUUGGAAGUCAUACCUGAAUGUACUAGUGCAGCUACUCGGUCAGGCUCAGAAGCAGCUACAAAUGCUACGCAAGAAGAUUCAAGAGGUGAACUGGCAGAGGAAGUCGAUGCAGACUCAAGGCGGCGACAAACUGAGGGCCCUUGAGGCUCAGUGGGUCGGUUUGGUGUCAAAAAAUUACGAAAUCGAACAAGCGUGUGUGCAUUUGGAAGAGGAGAUACAAAAAGUGAUGAUGAACAAAGAAGCCGUCGAGAUCAGCGACGUACCGGCGGAAGAAGGUCCAGACAUGCCUGGGAAAAGCGCCACGGAAACGAUGGCGUUACAAAUGCAGCAACAGGAAGAGCAGGAACAGCGGGAUCUUCUAUUGGACUUUUGAGAUGGCACCGAUGGGACGAAAUAAUACGACAAAGACAACGGCGAAGAAUGAACGUACGCGAUGUACUUCGAAUAUUUAUAGAGGCAUUACGAAGUCCGUACAGGACUUCUGUAAUAAAGCACAAUUUAUUUUAUCGUGAUUUAUACAUGUAUCACACUCGAUUUACGCUGACAAUAUACAUAUGUACAACGGCGGUAUAUCACUGUUUUAAUCGACACAGCGCGAUGCACUACUGAUUAACAAUUAUUUAUAAUUUCACGAUGGUGCUGAGACAAACGAAAGAUUUGCUUUAACAUAGUUACGUUCCACGUGUAUCGACACAUUUUCACACGUAUUGCGCGUCGACUCAGCUGGUUUUAUUUUAUCUCAUUAGGACGUGUGUUAGCGGCAAUAUUUAAUACCACGAUAUAAUUACAAAGCGAAUAGCUAAGCGUUUAA